AUUCGAUGUCACGGGCGUCUGUAGUGCUCAGUCGUUCUUAAGGGUCGGUCGCUGCAGCUCGUUCAGUGCAAAAUACACCCUCGUCGAUCUCAGUCCGAUCCGUCGUCUUAAAUACUACUCGAUAUACUCAUUCGUAUGUAAUAUACGAUUAAUUGCAAUUGUUUUUCGUCUUCCACUAUUCUUGUACACGCUACCGUCAAACGACAUACGUACCUAUAUUAUUUAGUUACGCAUAAAUCGAAUUAUUUUUAUACCCGGAACAGGAUAUUUAACACCUUUACCCGACGGUCGUCUACCCCUGCAGUGGAUAAAAGUUUUGUUUUUUCGAUAUUCUUAGACCUCUUCAGUCCGGUUCGAACGAAAUGUGUCAUACCACGAUUUCCGGUACCGACGACGACGAUAACAUGGAUGAGAUCUCUUCGACCUCUUUGGCAUCCAACAACAAGAAAACCGGAAAACACAUCGAACCCCGAAAGAUCCGAAAGCCGUUGAUGGAGAAAAAGCGACGAGCAAGAAUAAAUCAAAGCCUGGACGAACUGAAACGAAUCGUAGUGGACGCUGAGAAAUCCGCCGGUCAAGACCUCUCCCGAGUUAACAAACUGGAAAAAGCCGAUAUCCUGGAGAUGACGGUCAGGUACCUGAAACGGAAUUCGAUGGCCUCGGCGCCGUCGCCUCCACCACCCGGACCGGAAAUGUACGCGGCCGGAUACAGGCGGUGCAUAGGACAGGUCCAAGAGCUGUUGGCCGAACAGUGGACGGACGAGCGGCGACAGACGUCCGGUCAAAGGAUGAUCCUGCACCUAGAAUCGUGUGCGAAAAGGCUAGGCGCACCGGUGAACCGCCUGUCGUCAUCGUCUUCUCACCCGGAACAACCGCCUUGUAAAAAAAUCAAGGCCAUAAACAACAGUAACAUUUGCUCGUCCUCGUCUUCGUAUUCGUCCGACGAAGACGAAAGUACCGCGACGACGGAAGACCGUAGCGCGACAGAGUUCCGUCCAGACGCCACCCCCGCAAAGUUGAUGUGGAGGCCUUGGUGACGGGCUGGGACGGUGUUGUUUACCGGUAGAUAACUGUGGUUUUCGCACCCCUCUCGACAUACGUACACCGUAAUGUAAUAAUAUUAUUGAUAAUAAUUGUAUGUUGUUUGUACCUGUUUUCCAAGACUUUAGUUCGUAAGACGUGUAAAUAAAUAUAUUGUAUGUUAUAUAAUACGAUUAUGUAUCGUGACGAAAA